GAAAGAUUAUUAAAUGACAGAAAAUUGGCAGGAAAAUGAGGAUAAGGGGGAAGAGGAGAUGAUCAGGAAGGGUUGGUAGAGAGCUUUGGGGAGAAAGGAUAUGGGGGCCGGAGAGGUAGGUGGGAGCUAGAGAUUCUCUCUAGAUUUCAGGCAGAGGAGGGCAAACUCUUGGUGCAUGCAGCUGGUGCUGAUCGUAUGAGCUCAGGAUAUAUAAAAAGUUGUUAAGAACUUGAGAACCCAAAAGCAGAAAGAGAGAGAGAGAGAGAUGGGGGAGAGGAAAUGGGAAGAGCUGAACAGAGACUGCUUGGUUGAAGUGUUGAGAAGAUUAGGUAUAGAGGCACUGUUGAUGCAAGUUCCCUUGGUGUGCAGGUCGUGGAACGAAGCCAGUUUUGACCCCAUAUGUUGGAAGAACCUUAACUUUCACGCCCUCUCAUCUUUCCGACCAUCUCCGGCUCGUCUCCGACCACCGUUCCGUUCAGUUUCCUUUUAUAACUUCUUCACCAUACCAAAUAAAGAAGAUCUUGACGUCGUCGCUGCCUUCGUCCGGUUCGUGGUGGACCGCAGUCAUAGGUCUGCGACUACACUAGUCGUUGCAGACUUCUUCACUGAGCAGGCAUUGGAAUAUGCAUCGGAACAGUGUCCAGAACUGAAGUGGUUAUAUCUGCCUCGUGAUUUUAUGUUGGGCGUGGUGGAGCAUAUCCCCAAAUUUAUAGGAAGGUGGGAGAGUUUAGAGUUGUUAUAUGUUGAAGGCUGCUCUUAUCUUGACAAGAUCCUAAACCCAAUAAGCACUAAUUGUCACAAGUUUUUUGCUCUAUGUUGCAAUCAUGUGGAAAUUAGUGACGAAGCUGCCAUUUUGUUGGUGAAAUUAGCAUCUAAACUCAAGUACUUGAGAAUAAGUGUCUCUCAAAUCUCCCGAGAUAAUCUUGAGAUGCUUUUGGAGGGCUGCAAACAUCUCAAGCUCUUAUGUUUUGAGUACUUCGAUGGAGUUGAUGAUGUGAUAUUUGGAGUAGGUUUUACUUCUCAUAUCAUGUCUUUGUUCAUGAAGGAUCCGAUGCUUCAAGAUUGUUGCUAUGAAGAUCUGUUUCCAUCUAAAGACAAGCUGGUUUAUUUGUAGUACGUAUAUAUGUACUAACAAACGGCGCCGUUUGUUUUUAUAUGAUAUGAAAUAUAGCUAUCUAUCUA